CGAAUCGGCGAUCAUAUAUUGGCCCUCAGCGGCCAGACAGGCUGGCAGUCCACCCCAAUACACUCGAAGCAGCGGUGGGAAAGAGCUUGUCUGAGCUCAGGCGACACCGUGCUUCUGGCAUCGUACCUUCACUCGCAUGAUCAAUGCCACAACAGCCUAGAGCCCUUUGCGGGCGCCGUGGCUUGGGAUUUUCACUCGCAGCUCUUCCGAGUAGGCAAUGUGAUAUCUUUUAGAGGAAGAUCAAAACGCCCUUAUCAGAAUCUCCUUUAUCGCUUCCUCGAACGCACUCAACCACCAAUUUUCGUUUCCGAGUCAUAACCUUGGAUCUAAGAACAUUCUUAGAAUUUCUUACAAAGGUUGUAGUUGACGCAUACGUCCAGAACUUAUUAUGCAGACGACGACAGUCAGCGAAGAUCAAACGGUCUCUCAUCAUUCGACAAUUGGCCCUCACCACAAUCUUGAAGACAGUGACAAACACAGUGGACGAAUUGAAAUGCGAGCGGCGUCGUCUGCAAGUGAUUCGAGAGCAGCAUCUGUUUCUGACCUAAAAGCCCAACCGGCACGUCAACGGCUGCGCGCACAAGUGCAAUUCGCGACAGCUUGUGGGUCGAUGUACCUAGCCGGAUGGAAUGAUGGGACAACCGGUCCGCUGCUCCCCCGGAUACAAAAAGUCUAUGGCUUGAAUUUCACUGUCGUAUCCCUGGUAUUCGUGUUCGCAUGUGUUGGAUUCCUAUCUGGAGCAUUUGCAAACCUAUAUCUAAAUGGCAGAUUCGGUUUCGGGAAGGUGAUUGUGUUAGGAUCUGCGUGUCAAGUUAUAGCAUACGCCAUAGAGGCGGGUGCCUUGCCAUUUCCUGCAUUCGUGCUAGGUUACGCAAUCAAUGGUUUUGGCAUGGCUCUACAGGAUGCACAAUCGAAUGGUUAUGUGGCCAGUCUGAAGGAUAACCCCGAGACGAAAAUGGGGAUUUUGCAUGCGGUAUACGGUGCUGGCGCUUUGUCGUCCCCUUUGGUUGCAACGCAAUUUGCUCAGCUUCCGCAUUGGUCAUUUCACUACCUGUGCAGCCUUGGUAUUGCGCUCAUAAACACUGUAUCGUUGAUUGUAGUCUUUAGGCUGAAAACACAGGAUGGUAUGGCAAGCACUUAUAUCAUUGAGAAGAUGGUUGAGCAUUUCACAGAGUGCCUUGCUCAGAUUGGGCAGCCAGCAGGCGCAAAGGGGACGGAUGAAAAGAGCCAGUUCAGCCAGAUAUUUCGGCUCAGAGAAGUGCACCUCCUCGCCUUUUUUAUUUUGAUAUAUGUAGGAGUGGAGGUCACUGUAGGUGGCUGGAUGGUGACGUACAUAAUCGACGUGCGCGGUGGAGGUUCAAGUUCGGGAUAUAUAUCAUCAGGUUUUUUUGGAGGUCUCAUGCUUGGCCGUGUCGGUCUGUUGUGGGUGAACAAAAAGGUUGGGGAACGUCGCGUUUUGUUCAUUUACGCCAUCCUCGCAAUUGGGCUGGAACUAAUCGUAUGGCUGGUGCCUUCGCUUAUCGGUGGAGGCGUUGCGAUCUCCAUUAUUGGUGUGGUUUUGGGGCCGAUGUAUCCCAUCGCUAUGAAUCACACGGUUCGAAUCCUCCCUGAGUGGCUAGUCACAGGGUCGAUUGGCUGGAUAGCGGGUUUCGGGCAGGCAGGUUCUGCGCUCUUGCCAUUCUUGACCGGUGUCAUUGCAGCGAAGACGGGAAUCCAGAGUUUACAGCCAUUUCUUGUGGCGAUGAUGGUGUUCAUGACCGUCUUGUGGGCUUUAGUGCCGAGAACUGCUAGGCGAACUGGAUGAUAUAUACUCCGUUAUUAUGUCUUGUGGAGGGUUUUAAAUGUGGCAGUAGAUCCAUCUAAUAAUCUCAUUAUGAAUCCUCUCUGUCAGUGAAUUCUGGCAAGUUUCACGUAUUUGCCCAGACUCCAUUUCGGCGGGAGGUGUUACGUAUCCUGAUACAUUUGUCUUAGAUAAUCAAGCUGCUCAGCAUCUGGCGGUUCGCGCUGGCUUAUCCACGC